AUGCUAAUCUCUAGCCACCUUUACUAUUCUUCCACCUUCAAACAGUAUAGUACAACACCACUUUCAUAUCUCAAUUUCAACCCAUUAGACCUAAAAACCUCAAUAACUCCAUCAUUCUCAACACCAUCACCUCAAAAUUCUCCUCUACCAUCAUCAUUAGCACUACCACCUCAGAGUUCACCUCCACCACCAUCCCUCACCAAGGCCACCUCAAAAUUCACCACCACCAUCUUCUCCAAAUCCAUCACAACCACCUUCGAAUCCUCCCCCACAACCAGCAUCUGUCCCACUUCUAAAAGAUCAUCUCCACGGCCACCAUCAAUUCACCACCUCCACCCCUCUUCCAGUAAUGCACCCCUGCCUCCUAGGCUUACUCCUGUACUGGCAAGGCACACAUCGUUAUUUAAUGAAUCACGAGAAUAA